GUUGAGGCACUGCGACAGAGGCAACUCGCGGGCGGUACGAGCGAUUGUUGGACCAUCAACCACGUUUGACUCGAGGCGGUCUCCAGAUUCUUGCCUCCCGUAUCUCCAACACCUGCCAGACGAUCUGACAGCACGGCUCUCGGCCUUGAUAGAUUCGUCGCCUCUGGUAUCGAGCACAAGAGUCCACGGGCGCGCAACGUCGAGCCAAACGGAUAAGCUGAAGGCGGACCGCCGCUCACAGUCAGACGGUCGAAGCUAAUUGCGUGACCUCACAUCUGAGGCCUCCCGUCACGCCCUCCACAGUCCAACCUCCGCUCGGCGGCACUCGACGACACGCACACGUUUCCGACAAGGCAACAGAUACAAGCGACCAAGGAGGGAGUCUCAUGUUGUUAGGCUGAGCCUUUGCACCCGAUGGAGGCUUGAACGCCAGUGGAAUGGACAGCGCAGGCAAGGUCUCAACCGGCCAGAGAAAAGCAGUCACUCGCUCCGCUGCGAGGCUUUCAGCAGGAACCUCUCAGUCCUCCAUUUCGCAACACCCGAACAGUACGCAACAGCUACCAUCGUCAUUGUCAUCGUCAUCCGCAGAAGCAGCCGCAGCGGAUCCCGGGUACACAGCGACCACGUCGACUACAACCAGCAGAAAGAGGAAGGCGGCUGCGGCUCGAGAGCUGAGUCCCGAGCACGAAGAGGCAGAGAGAGAAGAACCCGCGGCGCUUGAAGCGACACAAGUUUCGAACAAGCGGUCGCGCAGGAAGAGGGUCAAGGUCGAAGAGGCAUUGCAAGAUACACUUGCGGCGCCGCCGCCGGUCGCAGCAUCUCCUCCGAAGUUACGGAGGCGUGGCAGAGCUGCUGCUAAUAUGUCAAAUGCCGGACCCUCGACAGGACCUCACGAGGAGUCAUCGGACAACAACCAGCCUCAAGUUCCAGUGACUGCGACAUCCUCGAAACGGAAAGCGUCGCGACAGAAGAAAGACGUCAAAGAUACACCAGGAGCUACAUCCUCGGUAAGAGCCGCGUCACGUUCAUCCAGGAGACCGAAGAAGGCGGACGCUCAACCUCCCCCGCCAGAGCCACCCGUCACGGCGGGAGAUGUAAGCGGGUAUAGACGCCAUCAGUCUACGACCAACGAUCGACAGGGAAGCAUGAGUGACGACAGCAAUGCUGAAGGUCUACGAGACCCGUACGAUGAGGAGGACGAUAACGACCGUGACCCAUUUGAGUAUGGCUUUCACCGGAGGCACGGCGGCCUUCCAGGGUCUAUUCGCGCACUGAGCGGCAUGCUCUCAGGUGUUUCUCAGCGUCUUCGAGGGCUUCUGGAUAGGCUGCGGCAAAAGGAUCCGACAGAACAGCUGAUGGCUCUGACCGAACUGUCCGAGCUGCUACUCGUCUCAACGGAGGACAAUCUGGCUGGCCACUUCUCACCAGACGCAUAUGUGAAGGAGCUCGUCACGUUGAUGCAGCCGGAUGAGGUGUUUGGGCCAAACCCGGACAUCAUGCUACUCGCUUGUCGAUGCCUUGCCAAUCUCAUGGAAGCACUUCCUUCGGCAACUGCGAAUGUCGUGUAUGGUGGUGCAGUACCUGUCCUGUGUCAAAAGCUUCUUGAGAUUGACUACAUCGAUCUUGCCGAACAAGCAAUAUCCACUCUUGAGAAGAUCUCCGUUGAAUUUCCGACAUCGAUUGUUCGUGAAGGAGGUUUGACAGCUAUCCUGACGUAUCUCGAUUUCUUCCCCACAGGCACCCAGCGCACGGCUGUCACUACCGCUGCAAAUUGCUGUCGCAACAUUCCCAAUGACUCUUUUCCAGUUGUUCGAGAUGUAAUGCCAAUUUUGCUGAACGUUUUGAACAGCGCAGAUCAGAAGGUACUUGAACAGGGCUGCUUGUGUGUGUCACGCAUUGUGCAGAGCUUCCGAUACGAUGACUCAAAACUGGAGGAGCUGGUCAGCGAAGAUAUGCUCAAAGCCAUUCUGCGACUACUUCUCCCUGGCACAACUAAUCUCAUCAGCUCAAACAUUCACACCCAAUUUCUUUCCGUACUUGCAAACACCGCGCGAGCAAGCCCAAAGCGUUCGGUUGAUCUGUUAAAGCUGAAUGUGGUUGAUACACUGUAUCAAAUUUUAACCGGCGUCUCGCCCCCGGCAGGUAAUGGUGACGAGGUCGGAGCCAAAAUUGACAGCGUGGUCAUCAUGCAGGCACUCAUUCACCGUCCACGCGACCAAAUCUUCGAAACACUGAACGUCAUAUGCGAAUUGUUACCGAAUGUGCAGAGCGAGGGUCUAUUGUAUCAUGACUCUAUCUUUGAUGCGGGCUUUGUGGGCCACGAGUACCUCCCAAUGAGCUCACUUGCCAAAAAGGCAACGAAUGACAAGCGGCUGAAACUAUUCAAGGAAUGCAGGAAAGAGCUAAAACGCUUUACGAUCAUAUUGCUGCCGACACUAACGGACGCUUACUCGAGCACAGUCAAUCUAAGCGUGCGACAAAAAGUGCUUACAGCACAGCUGAAGAUGCUUUCAAAUGUCGAUAUCGAUAUCCUUGAGGCCGCCUUGCGCGACGUGAGCUACUCAUCGUUCUUAGCCUCCAUCCUCACGCAGCAAGAUCAUCCUACAUUGGUCACGUUCGCUUUGCAGGCGGCCGAGCUGUUACUCAAACGGUUGGAGGGCAUUUAUAGAUACCUCUUCUACCGCGAAGGCGUCAUCUCCGAGAUCGCAAAAUUGGCAGAUCGUCCAUUAAAGACUCCAGCGGAACUGUCAAAGGAGAAGAAGCCGAGCUCAACUGAACUAACCCACACGAAUACCAACAGCUCAGUAGACGAUGUCGAUGUCGAUAUGCAAGAUAUAGAUCAGGAUAUCCAUGAGGAUCACGAAGAUGAGCAUUCUGACGAAGAGGAUGAUGAUGAUGAUGAUGAUGAUGAUGAACAUCGCGAGCACCUCGAAUCUUCCUCAAGCUCGGAGACUUCAUCUGAUGAUCCACCCCCAAAUCACCUUCGACCUGUACACUCACCGGAAGAUAUCAUAAUAAUGCGAGCAAAGAAGUUUAUGGAAGCGCAUGAAAGUAGCAAUCAAGCGCUCCCACGCUCCAAAGCUGAAAGUAUUCGCGAUCACCUCAAGGGCCUCACCGAGGAGAUUAGAUCGACGUACUUGGAGAACACGGGGCAGGAUGGCGUUAUGCUCUUCCGUCGCCUUGCGGCCUAUUUCGACUGUGAUGCACCUGAAGGGGUUACCAGUUAUGAGUUGCUUAGCUCGAAUCUGGUUGAGAUGAUGCUUGACGUCUUCGCUGAUACAAACCCCCGAGCUGCAGAUGCGCGCACGGCAUUUUUGGAAGCUUUCAUGGGGCAAGGUACGCAGACAAAGGAGAAGACUGCGAAUUCUGCAUCACCUGCCACUCCAUUCAGCUCGUUUGUGAACAAGCUUCAAGAGCUCUUGAGUAGGGCGGAGCACUUCGAGGUCAUUACCGUAGGACCGUCGAACUACGAUAAUAGUCGUGGAAGUGCUGCAGCUCUACUUGCGAAAACCCUGAAAAUCCGUCUGAAGGCGGACGAUGGAACCGUUGUUCCAGAGCCUCUUAGAUUGUUAACGGUGUCAAUUCAGGCUAUCGCAACUCUGAAGGCAUUGGAUGACUACCUUCGUCCUCGCAUCAUGCUUGGGGAGAAUCCUCGACGGGCUUUCCGUGACCGCGACAUGCUUCCAAAUUCCAUCGCUGCAUAUGCGGCUGCACUUGCUAACCGUCGCGGUGCGCUAGACAGUGCUGGUGCAAGAAGCCCCUUGGGGGCACCGAGCGUGCAAACGGCUAGCGACUUGAGCAACCGACCAUCUUCUAAGCGAGGCCAGAAGAAAUCUAGCGACGUUGCGCAGCAGCCUCCCGUUUCCGCGGAGUCAAGUGUAACACCUGCCGCCCCUUCCCCGCGACGUAGUACGCGCAGGAUUGCUCAAACACCACCGGCAUCUACCCAUCGACGCGGAGCACCGCCUCCAGUACAGGAGGAUCCUUCCCUUGAAUGUGCUGAUGAGACCCAGCUGACCGACGAGGACGAUAUGGAUGACGACGGCAUUCUGGAUGCGAUGGUCAAUCGUCUUCAGCACGAGUCGAGCGAGGAUGAAGAAGCCCCGGCCGUCAAUAUGGAGGUUGCAUCUACGGGAAAAGUCACAGCACACCGGGAAGAUGGCACGCGCAUAGCUACUCCAUUAAGCUCUCAGCAAACACCAAGUCGAUCUGCUUCUGGUGCAAGACUGGUCGAUCGUACGGCUUCGCGCAGACGUGCGGCAAAGCAAGAGGAAACAACGCCGUCACGACCAUCAUCGUAUUCUUCGGCUUUGCAGCAACCUCCCACAGACUGGCAUCUAGAAUUUGAGGUCAACGGCCAGCCUGUUUCGCUGGAUACAACAGUGUAUCGCGCUGUGCACUUCAACCAGCGUCGUCCUGGGGAUGUCUCUGCACGCAACAUCUGGCAUGAUGUACAUACAGUUGUGUACAAGCGUGUUCCUGGUCCAUAUAUUGCAAGCACGCUUUCGUCAUCACCAGAAUCGUCACCAGGUAGCAACGGAAUCCCCAAUUCUCUUGAAGAGAACCCGACAAGCUUGGCUAUUCUGCGCUUGUUGAGCUUGUUACACGGUUUCAAUUCGAACAUUGAUGAUAUUCUAGCAGAUCAUAGGGAGGGACUUAAUUUGGUCUCUGAGCCCUCAUCUCAGUUUGUGAAUACGAAGCUAACGGCAAAGAUGAAUCGUCAACUUGAAGAGCCACUUAUAGUUGCGAGCAACUGUCUGCCGUCUUGGAGUGAGGAUCUGGCUCGCUUGUAUCCAUUCCUUUUCCCCUUCGAGACACGCCAUCUGUUCCUGCAGUCUACUUCAUUUGGCUACUCACGUUCUAUGAGCCGCUGGCAGACCAACCAGCAGAACGGGGACUCGAGGCACGAUCGCCAUCGUGAUGACCGUACAACGUUCCUUGGUCGCACCCAACGCCAAAAAAUACGCAUCUCACGCCAGAAGAUGCUCGAGUCGGCAAUGAAGGUUAUGGACCUCUAUGGUUCAUCACCGAGCAUUUUGGAGGUUGAAUAUUUCGAGGAAGUGGGCACAGGCCUUGGACCCACACUCGAGUUCUAUUCUACAGUAUCUAAGGAGUUUGCGAAGAAAAAACUUAAACUUUGGCGUGAGAACGAGUCACAGGAGGACAGCGAGUAUGCUUUCGGCAAACGUGGACUCUUCCCCGCACCCAUGAGCGAGGAGAUGGCAGAGACAGAGAACGGGAAGCGCAUCAUUCAUUUGUUUACAAGUCUUGGCAAAUUUGUCGCACGAUCUAUGCUGGACUCGCGUAUCAUCGAUCUUAACUUCAAUCCGACAUUCUUCCGAAUCGGAGAUACGCCAGAGGCUGUAUCACCGUCUCUCGGCGCCAUUAACUCCGUUGACAGUGAUCUUGCGAACUCUCUCAAGUUGCUCAAGAAGUUUGCAAGCGCGAAGAAAGCAAUUGACGAGAAUGGAGGAUUGACGCCCGCAAGGAAGGUGGAGGCUAUUCAGAACAUUGAAAUAAGCGGCGUGCAUGUAGAAGACAUGGCACUGGACUUCACACUUCCUGGUUAUUCGUCCAUAGAACUCGUACCUGAUGGUUCGAAUAUCCCUGUCACCAUUGACAACGUCGGACAGUAUAUUGACGCUGUUCUUGACUUUACCCUUGGUUCGGGUGUGCGUCGCCAAGUUGACGCGUUUCGCGCAGGAUUUUCCCAGGUCUUCCCUUACGCGGCGUUGUAUGCUUUCACACCCGAUGAAUUGGUCAUGCUGUUCGGUCGAACAGAUGAGGACUGGUCCCUGGAAACGCUUAUGGACUCUAUCAAAGCGGACCACGGCUACAACUUGGACAGCAAGAGCGUCAGGAACUUGUUGCAGAUUAUGAGCGAGUUCAAUUUGACGGAGCGAAGGGACUUCUUGCAAUUUGUGACGGGUAGCCCAAAGCUGCCCAUUGGUGGCUUCAAAGCUCUCACACCCAUGUUCACCGUUGUCUGCAAGCCCAGCGAAGCUCCCUUCACGAGCGACGAUUACUUGCCCAGCGUUAUGACGUGCGUCAACUAUCUCAAGCUUCCGGAUUAUUCAAGUUUAGAUGUCAUGAGGGCCAAAUUGGCAAUAGCCAUAAAAGAAGGACAGGGAGCCUUCCAUCUCUCGUAAAAUUCCAAAGGUCAAAGAAAGGCAGGAAAAGAAGGAAGCAAUCAUUUCUGGUAGACGUCGGGAUGAGUAUUUAUCUGAAGUGAAAUAUGGAAAGCAUUUUAUUUCGGGGUUCAAUUCAUUAUCUUCGCCGUUCUUGCGCUUGUAGCUAAGCGAAAUCAAGCCGCACAGAAUGAGAUUAUUCAAUCACAUAUUGCAUGGCAUAGGGAAUGGAUGCUUUGAAAGGCUGUCACGCAAGUUGCGUCGUUUGUGGAGUGGUGUUACGGGAUCAUUUCACGAGCACAUGUAUCUUACACGAACCUAGAAUGAUAAUGCACCACGCGGAAUAGAGAUAUCGUGUCAAUCGUGUAAUUGAAUGACGAAUUGAUCCCCCUAGG